AUGGUGACCCUUCAGCAGUUCGCCAAGGCCGUGGAGUCGUUCCAGGCGGCUUUCAAGAGCAAGAAGUACGAGCAAUGCUCUGCCCUUCUGACGAAACUGAAGAUCACGAUGACCGAAUUCACAAGUCUGCCUCCCAUCUGUGAGAAGACACCUUCUGCAUCACAAGAAAAUGCCCUCGCACGUGAUGUGCUUGAGCACGCUGUGCUGCUGAGCAUCAAAUUGGAGGAUGAAGAAGCGUUUGAGCGCAAUUUUCUUCAGUUGCAAACCUACUACACUGAUCAGAGGGAACUGCUGCCGCCCUCCAAGAAUGAAUACAUGAUCGUGGGCCUCAACCUUGUGCGGCUUUUGGUGCAGAACUGCACGGCCGAAUUUCACACAGAGCUGGAGAUGAUCGCCCCCAAGGUGCAACAACAGGACGUUUACAUCAAGCACGCCAUCCAGCUGGAGCAAUGGCUCAUGGAAGGUGCUUACAACAAAGUGCUCAGAUGUAAACAGAACCUCACGGAGUACUACAGCUAUUUUCUGGACCAGCUGGUGACAACGAUGAGGGACGAGAUCGCUGGUUGCUGUGAGAAAGCAUACACGCAAUUGAAGGUCUCUGAUGCGAAAGAUCUCAUGAUGUUCAAGAGUGACAAGGAAGUGCUGGCUUUCGCAAAAGAGAUGGUUGAGAAGCAGAAGCAGUUGAGAGAGGAGCAGAGCAUGGUGGAGGACGACGACCCAAUGGAUGAGGGCAUUGUUGGCGAUCAGGACGCAAAGUCCAUUUGGGAAGUCGAGAAUGGCUACAUCAGGUUUCAGCCUGAGGCGGACGCCAGAAGAAAAGACGUGUCGUCCAUGGAGCUGAUCAAGAAGGCACUGAUUUACGCCAAGGAGCUCGAACGGAUCGUGUGA